UUCUGUUCCUAAGAGACAAAACAUCCCAUGGCAGUCAACUUUUGCCCACCCCAGUCCGGUUGGUGGCAGUAAGUCACCUGCAGACUAGUUUUCCAACCCCGCACCAAACCAAAGAAGAAGGGCGGGAGGCUGUCCGCUUCCUGCUUAGCUGAGUUUGCAAAGCCGCCGUACAAACAUGGGGGCUGUUACAGAUGACGAAGUUAUACGGAAACGCCUUCUUAUCGACGGGGACGGAGCUGGAGAUGACCGCCGAAUCAAUUUACUCCUAAAGAGUUUCACGAAAUGGUGCAACUCGUCUGGGACCCCCGAGGAAGGAUUCACACAGUAUCAGAGGAUGCUGGGCAUUCUGGCUCAGUGUGAAUUUUCCAUGGGGAAGACGUUGAUGGUUUACGACAUGAAUCUUCGGGAAAUGGAGAAUUAUGAGAAAAUCUACUCUAAUACAGAACAAAACAUUUCGUCUGCGCAUGAGAAGAUAGCAGAAUGCAAAAAGGAAAUUCAGAGGGCAAAGAGGAUACGAAAGAAUCGCCAAGAGUAUGAUGCUCUAGCUAAGGUUAUCCAGCAACACCCAGACCGGCAUGAAACACUAAAGCAGUUGGAGGCGCUUGACAAAGAACUGCAGCAUCUUUCUCACAUCAAGGAGAAUGUGGAUGCAAAGUUGGAGUUGAGGAAGAAACAGUUCCAUGUGCUGCUCAGUACCAUACAGGAGCUACAGCAGACCCUUGAGAAUGAUGAGAAGUUGGACAAUGAUGACAACAGUCAGGAGAGCCCUGCCGAGAACGGAGAGUGAACAUGUUGGCAUCCUGAAUUUAACAAAAAGCGAACUGAUUUUAAUUGUCUCGUACUUUUGUAUGUAUUUUGAAUAAAGAUGACUUGUUCACA